AUGCUGUUCAAAAAGAAAAAGACGUCUUCUAACACAACACAAUCGUUCCCGAUACACCCAUUCCUUCUUUCUCAAAACGAUCUCACCACCAAGCUCAAUACAAACACUGAAACAGGCUUAUCGAACAUCAAUGUCCUCGAGGCCCAAGGUACUUAUGGCCCUAAUAAGCUCUCUGGCGAGGGCGGGGUGACAUGGUACUCUAUUCUGGUGAAGCAAGCAUCGAAUGCAAUGAUACUUGUCCUUGUCCUUGCUAUGGCGCUUGCGUACGGGGUCUCGGAUUACAUUGAAGGUGGUGUCAUCACCGCCGUCAUCGUCGCCAACGUCUUAAUCGGAUUCUAUCAAGAGUUCCAAGCCGAGCAAAAAAUGGAUGCUCUGCGAAGCCUGUCUUCCCCAUCAGCCACUGUUCUACGCAACGGCCAAGCAGACACCAUCCCCUCCGUUGAGGUUGUUCCGGGCGAUAUCGUGUUGAUAAAAACCGGGGAUACUGUGCCUGCCGAUAUCAGGCUGGUCGAGGCAAUGAACCUAGAAUGUGACGAGAAGAUUCUCACUGGAGAAGCUAUUCCGGUAGCAAAGGAUGUGAACUUUCAGCCAGAUGGGGAUGAUAGUGAGGUUACCACAGGCGUUGGGGAUCGACUCAACAUGGCAUACUCUUCCUCCACCGUAACGAAAGGGAGAGGAAAAGGUAUCGUUGUGUACACUGGAAUGUACACUGAAAUAGGAAAAAUUGCAUUGUCCAUGCAAGGUCGUAAGCAGCGCAAGGAGAAUAGGUCUAUGUCUAUCAAACACGGCGCAUUUCAGCCUGUCAAAGGUGGCUCUCUUAGGAUCUGGGAUGUGCUAGGGAAAUUCCUCGGUCUAACUACUGGUACCCCACUGCAAAUCAAGCUGAGCAAGCUGGCGUAUACAUUGUUCGGGUUUGCGAUUUUGCUAGCUAUAAUCGUCUUUGGGGUGAAUAGGUUUCAUGUUACUAACGAAGUUGCUAUUUAUGCGAUUUCAACGGGAAUUGCAAUUAUACCAGAGUCUCUUAUUGCGGUCUUGACGAUCACUAUGGUCGUUGGCAUGACGCAAAUGAGGAAACGACGUGUGGUCGUUCGCCAGCUCUCUGCGCUCGAAGCUCUCGGUGGAGUUUCUAAUAUCUGCAGUGACAAGACUGGAACCCUUACACAAGGGCAAAUGGUCGCUAGGAGGGCUUGGAUUCCUGGGGUAGGUAUAUACAGUGUUAGCAAAUCUGAUGACGCUACCAAUCCUACCCGUGGUGUUGUCACCUGGAACUCUGCGCCUGCUUCCAAAUCGGAAGCUGAGGAGCUUCAAGAGAAGAAGAGACAGGAAAUGGACCAGGCGAGAAGUGCAGCAGGGCUAAAGUUUGAUAUACCUCGUGAGAAACAAAACAAAGAGAAUUGUGAGGAUCCGGACAUGCAAACCGAGGGCACUUCUUUGCCGGAAGUCAACCCAGAACUAGAAUCGUUCUUGUUGUCUUCUUCCCUAUGCAAUCUUGCUACUGUUCGACAGGACUCCGAUUCCGGUACGUGGCAGACUAUGGGAGACCCAACAGAAAUUGCGUUGCAAGUUUUCGCAACUCGUUUCGGGUAUGGAAAGAAAAGUCUCGAGGUGGAACAUGGCUGGAAGCAAAGUGCCGAGUAUCCGUUUGACAGCUCGAUAAAACGUAUGUCUGUCAUAUACAAACGAGGCAAGGACAAGCCAGUGGUUUUUGUGAAAGGUGCUGUUGAACAGCUUGUUGAUCUUUGUACUUCUAUCGGUGUUGGUCAACACAGCGAGACAAUGACAGAAAAAGCAAAAUCUAGAGUUCUUGAGCAGAUGGGGUUUCUUGCGGACCAAGGCUUGCGAGUGCUUGCUAUUGCUCAGAAGUCGGCCCCGGAGGGUUGGCAGCAAAGUGACGAAUUACCUCGUAAUGAAGUUGAGAGAGAUCUGGCUUUACUUGGUCUUGCUGGACUGUAUGAUCCACCAAGGCUCGAAACCAAAGAUGCUGUAAAAGAAUGCACAAAUGCAGGAAUCCGAGUUCACAUGUUAACAGGAGACCAUCCUUCAACUGCAACAGCGAUUGCCAAAGAAGUUGGAAUCAUUCCUAGAGAUACUGGAUAUCUCACUGCCGACGAGGCGGCAUCUCUAGUCAAGACCGCAGCUGAAUUCGACGGCAUGACCGAUGAGCAGAUCGAUAAUAUGCCCACGUUACCCCUAGUCAUAGCACGGUGUGCCCCAGACACCAAAACACGCAUGAUUACAGCAUUACACCGUCGAGAUCGGUUUUGUGCCAUGACAGGUGAUGGAGUCAACGAUGCCCCAUCGCUCCAAGCUGCCGAUGUAGGCAUUGCAAUGGGUAUGGGCGGAUCCGAUGUUGCAAAAUCAGCGUCGGAUAUUGUCCUUACAGAUGAUAAUUUUGCAAGUAUUGUCAAUGCUAUCGAAGAGGGUCGACGGAUGUUUGAUAAUAUCCAGAAAUUCGUCUUGCAUUUGCUGGCAUCUAACGUCGCCGAGGUUGUUCUGCUUAUAGUGGGUCUUGGGUUUCAAGACAGAGAAGGUGUUUCAGUAUUUCCUCUUUCUCCGCUGCAGAUUCUCUGGAUCAACAUGUUGACGUCGUCGUUUCCUGCAUUUGGUCUCGGACGUGAAAAGGCUUCCUCUUCUAUAAUGCGGCGCCCACCACACGAUACGAAGAAAGGUGUAUUCACAUGGCAAAUUAUUGUUGACAUGAUUGUUUAUGGCGUGCUAAUGGGUACUUUAACCCUCCUCACAUUCGUCAUUAUUAUAUACGGGGUCGGUAAUGGCACUUCGGAUCUUGGAAUUGAUUGUAAUAGACACGAGUCUGAUGCAUGCCGUGUCGUCUUCCGUGCUCGAGCUGCUGUUUUCGCAGAACUCACCUGGUUGAUUCUGAUUGCUGCAUGGGAGUUCAAACAUCUCCGAAACAGUAUGUUCAAUCUAGACCCGCUUCGCGCAGAACGCGAUGGCGUCCGAUCCUCAUUUUUUUGGGAUAUCUGGGAGAACCAGUUCCUUUUCUGGGCAGUCAUCAUCGGGGCUGUCUCUGUCUUUCCAGCCGUGUAUAUUCCGGGCCUGAACACUAGUGUUUUCAAACACCGGGGCAUCUCCUGGGAGUGGGGACUGUCAUUUGGCGCAGUGAUUCUCUUUGUCCUGGGGGCAGAAGCAUGGAAGGUCGUCAAGCGUAGAACGGGCUGGUUCUCUGAGGAGGAAGGUAGUGAAAGGGUUGAGAGAGAGCUUGGAUUGAGACAAGGGUUUUUCAGUUUUGCAAGAACUUUGACGAGAUUCAGUGAAAAGAGUUUUUGGGUGGAUAACUUGAAAGAUGGCUCAAGGAGAAGUCUUCCGUCGAGGGCACACACGGUGGAGGCUGUGUAA